AUGGAGGGCGAAGAAGCAGUUUCUAUCUCUUCAGAGAUUCUUCAUCAGAAGAUUAAAGAAUGUGAAGAACUAGCAAUUGGGUAUGUUGUAGGCCACAAGCUUUCUUACUCAAUGGUGAAAGAGGCAACAACGAAAGUGUGGAAGACAAUAUCUGAGGUAUCCAUUACUCUACACAGCAGUAAUUCUUUUGUUUUCAAGUUUUUGAAUUCUGAGGAUAGAAACUUAGCAUUAGACCAUGGGGGUUUUUACAUUUACGGUAGCUUGUUUGUGGUUAGACCCUGGAGUCCCUUAAUUGAGAACUCAAUUGCAGAGAUGAAAUCCAUUCCGGUGUGGGUGUUGAUUUACAAUGUCCCUCUCCAUCUCUGGAAAAACUUAGCACUUGGCCCUAUUGCUAGUUUUGUGGGGAAACCAUUGAUGAUGGUUGAUUGUACUAUCAACAAAACUAGACUUUCAUAUGCAAGGGUUCUUGUUGAAGUAAGUUUUGAAUGUCAAUCCCCUAGCUUUAUUCCUUUAUGGAUUGAUGGAAAAUUUGUGAUGAAUCUCCCUGUGGAGUAUCAGUGGAAACCACAAAAGUGUAUGGUGUGUCAUUCUUUUGGACACUCCAACAACAAAUGCUAUUUGAAGAAGGCUAGUAUCGGCAAAUCUCAUUGGACUUCUAGGAAGAGGCCUAACUUGGGGGAAAGGAUUAAACCUCUUUCAAAAGAAGGGGAAACUGGAAAUACGGGUACAGAGAAUAGAGAGCAGAUCAAAGAACAUUCUAUUGUAGAUUCAUUGACAGUUACAGAAGAUAAGGAAGCGACAGUUCCGCAGUAG